GAGCCAAAAACCAUCAACCCAUCUUCUUGGUUUCUCAACACACCCAUAGCCAUGACUGACACAGUGGAUAAACUGGUGAUCUUCUUAGCCAAAAGAGAUGGCAUAGACAAGCUCGUCAAGACCUUCCAAUAUGUCUCCAAGUUGGUUCACUGGCACCUUGAAACCUCUCAUCCAGACAAGGCAACCAGAGCCAAGAACUGGGAACUUGCUUCCGGCAUCAGCCGGAAAGCCUUCCGAACCGGCCGCUUCUUGACCGGCUUCAACGCCCUCCGACGCAGCCCUGGCUCGACCCCAACGUUCCGGUUUCUCGCCGUUCUCUCUAAUGCAGGUGAAAUGGUCUACUUCUUCUUUGACCACUUGCUUUGGCUCUCAAGAAUUGGGACUCUUGAUGCAACGUUGGCUAAAAAGAUGAGCUUCAUAUCAGCCUUUGGUGAGUCCUUUGGCUACAUAUUCUUCAUAGUUGCUGAUCUUAUUAUGCUGAAACAAGGGAUUGAGGCUGAGAGAAAGCUUCAAAGCUCUGAAGUAGAGGAUUCAAAACGGGAGAAUGUGAAGAAAAUCAGAGGUGAUAGAGUUAUGAGGCUCAUGGCAGUGGCAGCUAAUGUUGCUGAUUUGCUUAUCGCAUUGGCUGAGAUUGAACCCAAUCCAUUCUGCAACCAUACCAUCACUCUUGGGAUUAGUGGGUUGGUCUCUGCUUGGGCUGGUUGGUAUAGAAAUUGGCCCUCAUAGGAUGAACCUUAACCUACAUUCUUAGCCCUUCAUGGUUCAUCCAUUACGCCCAUUUUGUAUCUAUACUUCCAAAAACGUUUGCUUUAAUCCUCAUAUUUAGAUCAAAAGUUUGUGUCUAUAAUUUUCGUAAAAGGGUUUAAUCCUCGUCUUCGAAUCGA